AGCAUUAAAAAUGGUCAGAUAUGUUAUUGAUAAAAGUAUGUUUGUUAACGAUAUGCUAUGAGCUGCGCUUGCGGAUUGAGUGACAAGGUUGAAGAUCAUGGAAGUGAAACAUUUUGCAUAGCAUGUGGAUCUAUUGUCAAACAGGACUUUCUUGUUGAGGAUAAGCCCAACUUUUGGGACAAAUUUCAGCAUCAGCGCCAUGAUUUCACCAAAGAUCCUGCUAACAAAUUUGUUACACAUGGCAUAUUUGGCUCCUCUAAAGAAACUUACAAUAUCAGAGCGUGGAAAUCACAUGACACUACAAUGGUAAACAACAUUUUGAGAGCGUGAGAAGAGAGAACUCUCUCUAUGUCAAUGACCCUUCCAGGAGAGCAACCUUUCCUUUUUUGAAACAGAAGACUUUAAAGAAAAGAAACUUAAUGAUAUCGUGUCACCAAUUAAAGCUACCACACCCUGAACUGAUAGCCGAGACUGCCCUGAGCAUGUUGGAGAAACACAUUUUCAAACCUCGAAAACAUAUGCUACAAAAGCAUCGUGCUGCUGCUAUCUACACUAGUUGUAAAUUACACAACAUUGAGAUUACUUCUAGCGAGAUAAUAGACAGUUUGCAAGUUACUGGAAAACAUCUUUCAACAUUCUUUUUAAAGUUUUACAGGAUGUGUACCAGUAAUCACGACCAAUUAAAUACCGAGCUCAGCCAAUCCCAGCCAAUCCACCUGGCUGACAUUAAAGAUCUAGAGAUGAACGGUGUAAUACCACCAGAUUCAUCUAGAACAUUCCUAAAAUACUGCUCGGAUCUAAGUGAACUGUUCCCGGUGCCACCUGAACCCAGAAGACACACCAGCUAUGGGAAACAUAGUGGGUAUUUUCUGAGAGAUUCCCGACAUCGGCUGGUGGUGUUCGCUAAUAUGGUUUCUCAGUACUUGUACGGGGAAGAGCUGGGUAGUAGCAAGUUUGAAGCUGCUGGUGUAAAAGAUUGUAGGAUUGUUAGUUUCCAGAAAGACACAGACUUAUGCUGGAGUAUACUGCACAAAACAUGCGCCCUUUUCAUGAAAUGGUUACUUUGGAAUUGUUCCCCAGUCUCUGACAGAAAAUCACAGGUUUUCCGAAGAAAAACCUUCCCAAAGUUACUAGGAAAAUUGCUGGAGAGAAAAGGCUUACUAUUGGAAAAUCUGCGAAAAUACCGGGAGUUUGGUAGUGUGAAAGUAGCCAGAGCUAAGCAGAAAUCGUGCCAAAAACGGAGAAGAAAGUCCAUAUCUUGUACAAAAAACUCUCCUAAAACCACUUCUUUAUCUAGCACCAGCUCCCUAUCACAGUCGACUGGUAGUAGCAUGGAAGAAGAGUGUACAGCUAUAAAUACUAAUACACUGAAUCAGUGUUUAGAAGUUCUGAAUAAGUACAUUGUUCUUCAUCAUCCGGACCAGAUCGUCCAGCAGUUUGAACGGUUGUUGGCGAUAUUGUAUCUAACGGAUAUGAAACCACUCCUUCAGAGAAUUCCCAAGCUUAUCUACUUUGUUUUACUUCACCAGAUAAUAAGCACUGUUGAACCCUCUGUCCCAUCGCUGUCACAACUUCAAAACCAGAAGAAUAAAACUGAAAAGAUCGACGAAGCAAUAAGAAAAACGUUUAUAAGAAUAUUCAUCAAGUACAGUGCAACAAUGUUGCCGACUAACCUGGAUAAGGAGAAGUUAACAGAGACAAUACACACUUACUACUACACAAUAGUUGGGUCCGUUAAAACCUACAGAAAACUAAUUAACACUAUCUCUCUCGAUACGACCUCCGAACCCUCACCCGUUUCUUCUUCUGUCUCUUCUCCUCGGUCUGAUAUCCAGUUUGUAGUUCCUGCUGAGUUCACCAAUGCAUUGCAGUCGGGCUACUAGAAUGUAGUGUUUUCUGAUUGGUUGGUUUGUGUCACGUGACUAGAAUACAGCUCUCUGAUUCGUUGGUUUGUUGUGUAUUCGAAGGCACUAUUGCUGAAAUUUGAUUUAGAGUUAAUCAACAGAUCAUUUGUUAGACUUUAUUUUAGUUAAUCGUUUUAUGGUCAUGUGGGAGAGAUUUGUUUGUUUGUUACCACCUCUGAUAUAUUCUAUUUGUAAGACUUUUGUCAAUCUAACUUGUUAAAUAUAUUUAUAAUUGUAAAAUUCACGAUUUAAAACAUUUCUUUAUAAAAA